UGUCUGUAAAAGAGUCUUUCAUUUCUUAUGUUAUGGUGACAUUGACAUUCAAUGCAGUAGUUUGUGUAAUGUGAUGUGAGAAAAGGAGUGAUAUAUCAAUCGAUAAGUAUAAGCAGCACCAUGUAUUAGAAAACAGUAUACUACGAUGAAGAUAUUGCUCGUAGGAGUAGUGAUGAUGCUUCAAGAGGGAAUGACCUAUUAUCAGAGUCAAUUCGAUCAAGUAGCUCCUCUUCAACCAACUAGGGACGUUUGUGUCGCCAUGAUUCCUCCCUACAUCGGCAGACGACCCUUCAGAAACACGGCUCCAAUGAACAUUGAAGUGGAAGGCCAAUGGAUCAGUCACAAGAGGAUUUGUGUGUGCGCUUCCUCCCCUUUUGAUAGGUAUCAAGCAUUCACGGGCAUGAUGGUGCAAAUUAUGAAGGACAACUUGCCUUUUGGUGAGUUUGAACAAGAUGAAAAAACAGAGGUUACAGACUGCUCGCCCGGUCAAAAGAACUUGGCUCUCGUCCGGUCAUCUUACAAACUCCUCACUGCUGCGGUCAACUGGGUCGCCCCUUCCAACUUUGAUGUCUACACGGAACAGCUGUCCUGCAUAGUAACAAUUGUCGCCAUGAAUCAGAAGUAUUGGACGGUACAGUUUCCAAUUAUAGCGGCACCGCACAAAUACCCAGAGUAUCCAAACAUUACGAAGAAAGAAAAAUUGACACAAUCUUCGGCUUAGGUCAAAUUUACUAUUUAAAUAGCAGCCUUGUUAUAUGCAAUUCAUUAUAUUUAGCUUAACAAACUGAUCAAGAUGUUUGUACCUACCAAAUGUA